AUGGAUUAUUACAAACCGCCAGUUUUAUUUCGCCAAAACGCCAUCAAGAAGGCUAGAUCAGAUCCUGGGUUUUAUUUACAAAAGAACAAUUCAAGUGAAAAAUGGCUAUUGAAAGAUAAUGUCCAGAAUGAUAUUUUAAACAAAACUUGUUCUUUGAAUAAGAUUAAAAUUGCUUCAAACUAUUGGAGAAUACCAGAUGAUGAUUUUUAUUUAACAGCAGUUUCAGUCAACCAACAAAAUCCUGAACAAAUUGCUAUAGCAAGUGGUAAAAAUGAAUCAAACCUUUUCAUCUAUGACAUGAACUUUGACCAAGAUGUUUUAACACAUCAGCAAACUGUGUCAUUACCAAAUAUUGAAUCUAUGGAAUGGUUAGAUUAUGAUAAAGAAGAAAGUUCUAUAUUAACUGGUCAUAAAAAUGGUGUUGCCCAUAUGGUUUCAAUUCCAGAAUCAAAUUCAAAUGAAUCUGCCAGAAUUUUGAAAAGAUUCAAUCAUAAAAAACACUUUACAAAUGAUAAAUACAGAAAUUCAUCCAUCAAAAAUUUAGACAUUCCAAAUUGGAAUAAAAAUUCAUUUCUCAGUCUUUGCAAUGAAAACAUUUUCCUUUGGGAUUUAAAUCAUAGGUCAGAUUUACCAAUUUUGAAAAACCAACAUUUAGGUAUACGGAAUUUUGAUUCAUCAUUAUCUAAUAAUGGUAUUGUUGCACUUUGUGGUGAGUUUGGUAUAGCACUAAAUGAUUUAAGAGCUCCAAUUAAUACACCAUCAAUUUUCACUCCAAAAGAUUCUGCAAAUAUGGGAUUUUCAAAUAAUAUUAAAUGGGCACCAUAUGACUCUAAUAUUCUUGCAGCUUCUCAUGUUGAUGGUGUUGUUAGACUUUGGGAUAUUAGAGCACAAAGCUCUUUUGCUAAAUUAAAAGGACACAAUGAUUUGGUAACUUCAAUAGAAUGGUCUGAAGAAAGUUCAAGUGAUUUAUAUACAGGGUCUAGAGAUGGUAAUAUUAUCCAUUGGGAUCUUGAUUUUGAUGAAGACUUGAGUAAUUGCUGCUUAAAUGAAGGAUUAGAUUCAAUUAAUUUCCACAAAAAUCAAUUCUUAACAGACGAUUAUGAUAUUUAUAACAUUGUGAACCAAAGACAAUGUGGAACAUUGAUACCAGCUGCAAAGGAUUCAAUUAUUGGAUUAACAAGUACAAAUGGUAAUAUUUUAUCAAUUGAUGGGUCAUCAUAUUUGGGAGUUCAUAGAAAGAGAGGUAUUGAUUCAUUUAGAGUGGAAGAAGGUACCUCAGCUAUGAUUAUUGAUGAUAUGUUGAAUGAAAUUCCAUUCAAAAGACAAGUUUCAAAUUCUGGAAGCUGCACAUUAACAGAUUCAAGUGACGAAGAAAGUAUAUUUGAGCAAAGCAUUCAAGUUGACUCUGCUCCAUCAACUGUUAACAAUUCACCAGUUCAUGUUAAGACUAGAAGUAUAACCAAGUUGUUGAAUAAUAGUGAUCACAGUGUAAACACUUUAGUUGGUUCACCAAUUGCAGAAGCCACUAGUGGAAAGAUUUUGAAAGCUCAAAGAUCAACCUCUGGAUCCACAAUAAAUGAUGAUGAUCAAGGUGUUUGUAAAGAUUUCACAUAUGAAAAGGUAUUGCCAUUGAAUAGAAAACUUGCUGAAAUAAUAAAUAUGGAGAGAACCCAGCAAAUGCAGUAUGUUUAA